AUGACGACGUCGUUUUUCAACGGCGAGAGAAUCGUUCUUCUCUUCUUCAUCUCCAGAAUCCUCUACUCUCUCCCAAUCUCUCUCCUCUCCCAUGGCGUUUCUCUCUCCCUCAUCGCCCUCGCCGCAUUCCUCCUCGAGAUCGCCGUCGAUUCUUCCAUCUCUCCCUUCCCUCUCCGCACCAGACCAGGUGCUUCCUCCGGAAUUCUACUCGGUGCAAUCACUCUUCCGUCUCUCAUUCUCUCCAAAUUGAUACAAUCAUCACGUGGAUUUGGAUUCUCGCUCCAGCAACUUCAACCUCAAGAGAUUGAGUAUCUGACAUUGCAAUACUGGGCAAUAUCUGCCAGCGUCUUCUCUGUGCUUUUGUUCCUCGCGUUGAAUCUAAGACGGACUCAUUGGGGUUUAAGGUUUAGCUUCUGUUUAAUUUUCAUUCAAGCUGUGCUAUGUGUUGUAGCGCUUUUGACUACUUCUCAAAUUGGGUUGCAUCCUGUACUGAAGCUAUCGUGGGUGUUUUUUCAUGGAUUGGCGUCUGUAAAGCUAAUUCAGCAUUUCAUGAGAACUUUUCCGUCGUGUGCUUCCAUUGGGGAAGCGUUUUUGGUGACAGCUGGUAUCGUUCUCUAUUUUGGAGAUAUGCUGCUGCUUACUAUAAAAAAGCUAUGUGGACUAUUGGUGUCAUCAGAGUUGGAUACUGCAGAUGAAAUAAAACGAAGUGAGAUAAAUAUUAUAAUUCAGGGGCUUGUCCUUGGGCUUCUGCUAUAUCCAAUAGCUUUGAAAUAUAUUCUCCAAAUAUGGGAGUGGUUAAUGAAUACAAUUUAUUCUGAACAAAAAAGAUACUAUGAGAUUGGGAGAUCCCUCAUAUUUAUUGUUUCCCUUGGACUUGCCCUCAUUGUGUUUGUACCAUUAUGGAUGCAGUUCGUACAGGAGUUUGACAUGCAUCCCUUUUUCUGGGUGCUUUCCUUUGUUUUCUCAGAGCCAUCCAAAAGACUGUCGUUGUGUAUCUAUUGGAUGUGUAUAAUUUCUGUUUCUGUUUUGCGAUUCUAUACCAUCUCUAAGAAUAGUAAGAUUGAGAGGAUUCUUUUGCGGAAAUACUACCAUCUGAUAGCUGUCUUGAUGUUUUCACCUGCCCUUAUCUUUCAGCCAAAAUUUCUCGAUCUAGCUUUUGGAGCGGCAUUGGCGGUUUUCUUAAUAUUAGAAAUCAUUCGAGUAUGGAGAAUCUGGCCCUUUGGACAACCAAUAAAUCAAUUCAUGAAUGCAUUCACCGAUCACCGUGACUCUGAUCUUCUCAUUGUCAGCCACUUCUCUCUCUUGCUUGGAUGUGCUCUUCCUAUUUGGUUGUCUUCUGGGUACAAUGACCGACCUCUUGCCCCUUUUGCGGGAAUUUUGAGCCUAGGAAUUGGAGAUACAAUGGCAUCAAUGGUUGGGUACAAGUAUGGUGUUUUGCGGUGGAGUAAAACUGGCAAGAAAACAGUUGAAGGUACUGCAGCUGGUAUAACGUCUGUACUAGCUGCUUGCUCUUUACUCCUUCCACUCUUAGCAUCAGCUGGAUACAUUUUCACUCAGCAUUGGUUCUCUCUACUUCUAGCCGUGACUGCAAGUGGCUUGUUGGAAGCCUACACCGCGCAACUUGACAAUGCCUUCAUACCACUUUUUUUCUAUAGUCUUCUCUGUUUGUAG